UUGAAAAAAAUGCAAGUAUGCUUUGGUGAUAUAUUCUUAAAAGGCUCACCUGUUUCUUACUUUUCAGUUCUAAGAGAACUUCUCCUCGCCUCUUGUUUCUAUGCCUAUGCUUGUAAGACAUAGUUCUCUAUGACUUAGACUUCUGAAAUCCCAUAAUGUUCUGUAGAAUUGGUUCUACACUUCUCAUUGAGGAUUCCAUUCCAUGAGCUGUCAACUACUGUCCUCAUUUGUCAUAUCUAUCAAUCGUGUUUUAAACUAAAGGUUGGCUAAAAUGCACUAUUUUCUCUGCUUCAUUUCAUCUGAAACAGAUUAGUUGCCGUUGUAUAGAUUCACAUAGUUCUUACUGUUUUGAUCAAGCAUGGACAAGAACUUCUGGGGAUUGGUUCCGACGGAUGAUCAGUUUUUCCUCCUUUACUUCAUCACUGGAGCCUACUUUGGACCAGAUCUCCAGGGAGAAUAUCGCAAAAAAUCUGUUCUACAAAGAAAAUAUCUGGGCUUACCUCCGUACAUCUCCAAUGAACUAGCUGGUUCAUGCCUAAGAACCAUAGAAGUAGAAAGGGUUUACUAUCAUGCAUUAAGAAAGGCAGAUCGGUCUGUUGUCCUGUCACAACCAUGGUUGCACCAGUUCUUUCACGGAAAGCUUCCUACACUAUACCACGGCCAAGCUGCAGCUUAUCCUCGGUUUUGUGAUCUAUUUCCUCCCAGCCUGCAUCCCCAUUUAUGUUGUCAUGUGUAUAAUGUUAUUGCAAACAUUGUAUUCCUCAAUGACCCUGAUACCAGUUAUAUGGACCCAGACGAUGUUAAGAGGUUCAAGAAGCUCACUGGUCUAGCACAUCUUGUUAUGGAUAAAGAUUGCACAAAGUCACAAGCCGGUGUUGAUUAUGAAGCUCUAAGUAAUGUUGGAAAACAGGAGGUAUCCAAGCCGGGAGAUAUCCUCCACUAUCCAUCAGUAGCUUCUAGUAGCCUACCAUAUAAGGAGACGCCUAGUUGUGGUGAACCUUUUAAUGAUAUACCACUUGAUAAAGAACAAUUUGAACAUACUUCCUUUACUAGUCUUUUGAAGGCUGCUUGUGUUGAACCAUUUAAUGGUAUGCCACCAGAUAAUAAUGGACAGUUUGACACUACAUCUUUUAGUAGUCUCUUGAAGGAAGUUUGUGGCGGACAAUUCAACAGUACUCGACCUGAUAGCAACGGACAGUUUGAUAAUACACCUUUUAGUAGUCUCUGGAAGAAUGCUGGUGAUGGUCAGUUUACUGAUGCACCACCAGACACCUCUACGAAAUUAAAUGGUACUCCGUUUGGUAGUCUCUUUAAAGAUGUCCGUCCUCUGACGGACAGUUAUACGGGUCCAUCAUCGGUGCACACCAGCUCUAAGGACUUUGAGCUUAGUAUUGUCUUCCUUCCUUCUCGCCCUUCUAAGGAGGAGCUAAGUCACAUUGUUGCUGCCACUAAAAGUGGAUUUGCGGUGACUGGCAGUGCAGCAAAGGGUAAAAUAGGACCAGUUCUAGGACUCUUGGAUGUUGGAGAGAGCGAGGACUCUUACUUGUUCCGUGUGUCACUCCCUGGAGUAAAAAGAGAUGAAAGAGAUUUUACUAGUGAAGUGGAGAGUGAUGGUAAGGUAUUUAUCAAGGGAAUGACAACAGCUGGUGACAGGACUGUCCGGAAGUACUCCCAAGUAUUCGAGAUGCAAACUCAGAACCUUUGUCCAACAGGACAAUUCUCCAUCUCUUUCAAGCUCCCAGGUCCAGUUGAUCCUCAACAAUUUUCUGGUAAUUUCGGCACUGACGGAAUUUUUGAGGGAAUUGUAAUGAAAACAGAAAGAAAAUGACAGAUGGAAUAGGGUAUAUUUUUGCUUUGUUCAUUAUUAGGCUAGUACCUGUACAUAUUCUCUUAGCUUAUGUCCAUAGUAUUGUUAAUAUGAUGUAUUGUCCUGUGAUUCGUAACAUGAUGGAAUGUAACCACCUUACA